AUGCUGUCGACGGUGCCCGUGGACGAUGCCAUCCGCACGCUGAGCGUGGAGAUGUCCAAAGACAAAGACGCGUCUUUUAUCGGCAAGACGGAGUCCGAGAUGGAGAUUUUGGCUCAUUACGCCAAUAUGGGGCGACGCCGCGCGGCGCUAGGCGCGCUUCUCGGCUCCACAGUAAUGGCUGGAUUCUGGAAACUCUCGAAGAACCAGAAAAGAGUGGCGGGGGCUUUCGCAAUGAUGUCUGGUGGUUUGUUUGGAGCUUCGUACGGUAUCAUUAGUAUCCGUCGGGACUUGUUCUCGGACCUGUUGAUGCUGCCGUCGGACAAGUCGCCGUUUGCGACUCGGGCCAGGACCAUUGACUCGUGGAACGAGGAUGCAAAUGCACCUCCGAGCUUUGAUUCGAAGCCGACGACGACUCUCCCGUCCGCUCCUCAUCGGAAUGACCAUGAGUUUCCCAGCAGUACUACUGGACUAGACACUCCACGACGCAAGAAGAAGUCCAAUGCCAGUGACCAUGAGGCGUUUGGAGAGCCCAACGACAGCGGAAGUCGCGCACCAUUUUUCUUUGGUUCAAAGCCUUCCGCGUCUGACGAUGCGUCGGAAUUUGGAGACCGCAGUGCUCCUCUCUCUCGUGACCCAUACGCGCACUACUCUCGUGAUAAUCGUCGCGCAGGACCCGACAAGAAUACCCCAGCACUGCGCCACGACGAAGAUGACUAUUUCUUUGGAGUGCCUAGUGAGGAGGAUACCCCAGUAAAACCCACGACAUGGGAAAAGAUUCGACGUCGUGCUGCUGACCAACGCAAAUAA